CCAUGGAUUGUUACAGACCUUCACCAAGCAACUCCUGGAUUUACCCCACUGUGAUUCUCUGCUUAUUUGGGUUUUUCGCCACGAUGAGACCCUCAGAACCAUUCCUUAUCCCAUAUUUAUCUGGACCAAAUAAAAACCUGACCACUGAAGAGAUCACGAAUGAGAUCCUUCCCGUGUGGACCUACUCCUACCUGGCGCUGCUGCUCCCCGUGUUCGUCCUCACCGAUUACGUCCGCUACAAGCCAGUCAUCAUCUUACAAGGGGUCAGCUUCAUCAUCACCUGGCUGCUGCUCUUGUUUGGCCAAGGAGUGAUGUCCAUGCAGGUUGUCGAGUUCUUCUACGGUAUGGUCACCGCCACCGAGGUGGCCUACUACGCCUACAUCUACAGCGUGGUCAGCCCAGAGCACUAUCAGAAAGUGAGUGGCUACUGCCGGAGCGUCACGCUGGUGGCCUACACAGCCGCCUCCGUGCUGGCCCAGCUCUUGGUGUCCCUGGCCGACCUGUCCUACUUCUACCUCAACGUCAUAACCCUGGUCUCCGUCUCCACAGCCUUCCUGUUCUCACUUUUUCUACCGAUGCCCAAGAAGAGCAUGUUUUUUCAUGCAAAACCCAGCAAAGAAAUAAAGACGUCACCUAGCAUGAGUGCGGUGCUAGCGGAACCUCCGGAAGGUGAAACCUUAGGAUGCGGAAAGCGGAAAUCCGCCUCGGAAAUACCCACGGCUCCGGGCAGCCCGAGUGAGGCCCAGCUGAGCAGCCCGGCACCGAAGGCCGAGACUCUGCAAGUUUUCGUGCAGUGGUUCCGAGAUUUGAAGGAGUGCUACUCCUCAAAGCAUCUUUUCUACUGGUCCCUGUGGUGGGCUUUCUCCACGGCAGGUUUUAACCAGGUUUUAAACUAUGUUCAAAUCCUGUGGGAUUACAAGGCACCGUUGCAAGAUUCUUCCAUCUAUAAUGGGGCAGUAGAAGCUAUUGCAACAUUUGGAGGGGCUCUGGCUGCCUUUGCAGUGGGUUACGUGAAAGUCAACUGGGAUCUUCUGGGAGAGUUGGCCCUGGCACUGUUCUCAGUGGUCAGUGCCGGCUCUCUACUGCUCAUGCAUUACACAGCCAACAUCUGGGCUUGCUAUGCUGGCUACUUGAUAUUCAAGUCCAGCUACAUGCUUCUUAUAACCAUAGCCGUAUUUCAGAUUGCAGUCAACCUGAGUGUGGAGCGCUAUGCCCUGGUGUUUGGAAUCAACACUUUCAUUGCCUUGGUGAUUCAGACCAUCAUGACUGUGAUCGUAGUCGAUCCAAGAGGGCUCAACCUCCCAAUCAGCAUUCAGUUUUUAGUUUAUGGUAGUUAUUUUGCAGUCAUUGCUGGAAUUUUCCUAAUGAGAAGCACAUAUAUCAUCUACUCAGCCAAAUGGCUAAGGGAAGAACAGAGCCUUGCUACAAGUCAGAAUGCAGAUGGGCCACACCCAGAGGAACCAAGAAAUACCACCACGUCAACAAGGCUCUAACCUUAUUACAUCAGAAGCUGCAGAGGUUUGAAAGUCACUGAAUGAAAAUGCAAGAUUUUGAGAUGGAUGGAAUAUGUUUUUGUCAUAAACUGACAUGCUUUGCAAGUCUGGAUUCCAAUGCACCUU